GGUUUAUCGGAAGACUGUUAGAUGUUAAUAAGGUACUUGCAAAAAUAUACUAAACAAUACAAUUAGACAAACAGAGUAUCUUAUGCAUUUCUAGGGGCUGGGUAUGGUAGAGUGAUAUAGCGUUCUGAUUGCCCUUUUUGAAGAUCUACUAACGAUACUUCUGAUGACAUGUUGAUACAUUGUGGGUUACAUAAUCUAAUCGAAUUCUGGGUAUAAUCAAAUGAACAAACCUAUUUUACAUUAGCUUAUACACAUGCAAGUUCAAAGUACGUCAUUGAAACAAAAGCAGAUAAUUGACAACUUAAAAAAGACACAGCAGAAAAAGAAGGAUGAGCAUGUUUCAACGUUUGUACUGAAAUUUAUAUUUUAUUUUUAGCAUGAGCAGUUUCAGUUUUAUUCUAACACUCUGUCGCAUGCGUUAAAGAAAUUGUUUUUGUUGUUGUCAUAUUUCCUUUACUAAUGUCGGUUUUUAUUGUUGAUAUUUGUUGAGUUCAUGUAAAAAGAUUGAAAUAAAUAUUGCACAAAAUUAGGACCUGUUUGUGCGGCUGGUUUCUUCUAUAAUAACUUUGCCAGUUGUGGUAUGUUCGGCAAUUCACUGUAUAGUAUACGACGAGGUCUCUCAUCAAAAAGUUUGAACGUGCUCCAGGACUUCCAUUCGUAUUGAUUGAAAGUCUAUUGGUUGUUUUAUAUUUUUGACUCGAUUCGGACGAUACACUAUUGAACUUGUUAUCAAUACAUAAUGACUUUGAACAUGUGAACAGAAAAACAUAAUGGACCUAUGGUUGACUUUGAGAGUGUUAUCACAUCGAACAAUUGUUAAUAUCUUAUCAUAGUUUACCUCUUAAAACACUUAUCGAAUCAAGCAAAACAUCUUUGACUUAAAUGUCCCGGUGUUCACAAUUUAAGUGUUAGAAAUUAAACAAGGACAGAAUAGUCCCACUGUGAUUAGUUUGAUGGACUUAAAUUCUUGAAUACAUCGAAUUUAAAGGAACACCAGCAAAUCUCCCGAUCGCGAGAAGUCGAGGCGAUUUCAACAGACGACAAUUGCAGCAGAAGACAGUUGCAACAGACGACAAUUUCAGUACAUGGGGAUGCAACUUACAGAUAAGGACGUAUACUCAGACAACUUAACAAAACCAAUCCAAUCUGAUUGACUUGGGUCAUAAAAUAAAAUGUGACUGAUUCAUCUAUUUGAUUUGGGUCUUAACGAGAAAUAUUGCGUACAUGGCAAAUGAAAGUACUUGAAAUAGAUUGAAGUAACGUUAGCAGUUUAAUGCCUGAAAACAGCUCUUGUUAACAAAUUUGUGUCCUGAUAAUUUAUAAUUUUUACAGAAUUUGAUAAGAUAGGACCUUAGCAAAGGUACGUAAGCAAGGGCUAGUGAGAGAAUGUCGACAAAAUGGCACCCACGAUGUAGUUGUUGUGGUAACACGUUUGACCGGUCUUCUCACAUAGCAAAAGUAACGCCAAAAUGUUUCCACACAUUUUGCCUCGAGUGUCUCCAAACUCUGAGCGCACACGGUCCAGCUUUCAAGUGCCCCACAUGCAAAGAGCUUGUAGAGCUAGUGGAGUCUGUGGAAUGUCUUUCUAAUAACUCAUACGUGAUGUUACUAACGGAAACGGAAGUUGAACCGAAAGUAUGUGAUGCGCAUGACCGGGAACUGCUUAGUUUUUAUUGCAGCAAAUGCAGGAAAGCAAUAUGUUGUGAAUGUACCCCGGGACACAAUGAGCUCGAUAUUCAGACCUCUCCCUACGCUAACGACAUGUUUAAACUAAAUGCGAUCGAAAAGCGAACGGAAGUGGCUAAACUACAAGAAUUGUGUGAUGAGGAAAUCACUGGUUUUGAACGGGAACAAGAAUGUCUCGCUCUUAGUCAAGACGUCGUACGAGAGAAUAUAGAAAAUGCAUUCGAGGCAUUGAUUGAUAUAAUUCACAGGCGUAAAUCGGAAGUGCUGAAGGAGUUGGACGCUGAAAUCAAAGUGCAAAAUGGAUCAAUUGAAACUAACGUCCAAGCUGUGAAAGAAAUGAAACAGCAACUGAAAAUAAUUGAUGACUAUUUUAGCGAAAUAGGUAACAAGGAUUUGCCCAUUUUUGAAACCGGAAAUGAGGAAGGUUACAUUGAGCAAGUUGCGUUAGUUGAGAAGUAUAAAGAUCGGGCCGUUUACAAAGAUAUGAAGAAUUCCGUCACGUUCGACAUAGGUGACCAACUAAGCGAAUUUUCUUCUGUAGUUAAAACCAUCGGAAUUCUCAAAGUCGAUGCAAUUCUACCUGCAACCGUAGCUGUCGAUAUCAAACCAGCAACCACCGCCCUGGCAACCAGCGUAAUUGUAAACGUCAAGAGCAGAGGAGGCAAUGGUCUCAAUGGUUACAAGAUCAGUGCUCGUAUUGUUGAUCCAAGCAAUGAUGUUUUGGAUGUGAAUGUCACAGAUGAAGGUGAUGGGACAUAUGGUGUCAGUUAUAUACCACAAAUCAGUGGAAAACACACCGUUGGCGUCUUACUCGGCAAAAAUAUACUCAGCAAUACGAACGAAGAGUUUACAGUCCAAAGUAACGACCCUGUAUUGAAAUUCGGGAAGCAUGGUAGUGAUACCGGUCAAUUAAAUAAACCAAUAAGUAUUGUUACAGGAAAGGAUGAUGCAAUAUACGUGGCCGAUACAUUUAACAGAGCAGUGAGAGUGUUUGACAAAGACGGAGCAUACACAGCACAAAUCGAUAGCGCUACGUUGUGUAUCGGCAUCAAUGAUAGGCACGAUGAACUUAUAUGUACAGACAGAGAACAAACGAUCGAACGCUACACUACUGAAGGCCGGAAGAUCAACAUGUUUAAAUGCAGCCAGAUUCGCAAGGCGUGGGGUGUUGCAAUCAACAGCGCAAACCAGAGUAUCGUCUCUGAUAUCGAACAACACAAACUUUUCAUUUUAGAUAAAAGCGGAAACGUUCUAAAACGUAUUGGAUCUCAUGGCAAUGGUCCGUCCAACUUUAAAAAUCCGUCGUUCAUAUGCAUGGGUGAAGACGACGAUAUUAUCGUCUCUGACAGGGGAAAUAACCGAAUCCAAGUCCUUGACAAACACGGUAAUUUCAAGUACCAUUUCGGAGAUGAUACGGGCGGUAAGAGACAAAUGAAAUCUCCCGCAGGCGUAGUCUACGACAAGGCGGGUCAUAUUAUCAUUGGUAUCCGUGAUACAGGAAACGUGCUCAUCUUUAAUUAUGAUGGGACCUUCCUGGCUUCUAUUGAGAGUUUUAGUGAUAAGCUGAGGAUGCCACAUGGUGUGAGUAUUUUGGAACCGGGUGUUGUGCUGGUGGCUGACUCUGGUAAUAACUGCAUCAAAAAGUACACAUAUAGUGUGUAAAACGGUCUUAUUGACAGCAUCGUGGUUUGUUAUCCACAAUGGUGACCACGACAUAUAUAUUCUUUAUGGGAUAAUUUACCUGAUGAACUGAAACAAGCACAGUCACACAACUCAUUUAAGUAUAAAAUUAGAACAUUUUUGAAUGGGAAAAAGAAAGAAUUCACAACCCCAAGAUUAAACCUAUAUCCAGAGAUAAAG